GCUGUGGGGAGAGAGGAAGCCAGCUUAAAGCAUCUCUAUUUUUCUCUGUGGUUUCACAUGUAAUAUCAAGUAGUUAACCACUGUGACUAUCCAGCAGCUGCACUGCAGAAACUCUCUGUGAUCUCUCAGAAUGGAUGCCCACACUCAUGACCAAUUCUACGACUAUGACUUCAACUACACCUACGACAACUAUACUGAUGGAGAACUGACACUUUGUCCCAGCUCACACCUUCAUGGCUCCAACAUCGUUCUGCCCAUACUCUACUACAUCAUCUUUUUAACAGGCUUUUUGGGCAACCUCUUUGUGAUCAUAGUCGUGACCAGCAGAGGUAAGAAAGGUGGGCGUCUGGUUGACACGUUUGUUGUGAACCUGGCCCUGGCUGACCUCAUAUUCGUCUUCACGCUGCCACUGUGGGCCUACUCUGCCAGCAGGAACGGCUACUGGGAAUUUGGAUCCUCAGGGAAUCUGCUGUGUAAGCUGAGCAGCUACAUCAUUUCUGUGAACCGCUUCUCCAACAUCUUCUUCCUCACCUGCAUGAGUGUUGACCGCUAUCUGGCUGUGGUGAAGCUGAUGGACUCCAGGUACCUCAGGAGCAGUCGGUGCAUUCAGAUCACUUGUGCUGCAGUCUGGCUGAGCUCCCUGGUGUUCGGCAUCCCGUCCCUGGUGUACAGAAGCUUGGACAAAAAUGGGGAAGGACAGUCCUGCAUUGAUGACAAAACCUCAUCUUUUUUUCUCGUCCUGAGUCUGAUCCUGCCGUUACUCACCUUCGUCCUCCCAGUGUUCAUCAUCAUGUUCUGCUACGGCACCAUCAUCUUGCAUCUCAAAAAACACUGUGCUGCUGCCGUUGCUGCAAACCCUCGAACCGAAGCUCGUCGCAGACACUCCCUCAAGAUGGUCCUCUCCAUCAUAGUGGCCUUUGUGGUGUCCUGGCUCCCGUACAACAUUUUUAAAGUCAUCACCAUCAGCUCGCAGCUCUUAAACAUUGUUCCGAGCUGUGAGGAGCACUCGUGGCAAAGAAACGGGAUCCUCGUGUCGUGCUGCCUGGCCUUCCUCAACAGCUGUGUGAAUCCAGUCAUCUACUUCUUACUGGACCAUCACUUCAGACGACGGGCUAAGAACUUGUUCAAGACCUGCCUGGGACAGUCAAAGUCAGUGCAGAGCUACAACUCCUCAGCCUCAUUCACCAACACUGGCACUUCAGAGAGCUUUGGAACAUCUGGGAGAACUCAGCUGCAGAUGUCUGAGUAGGAGGAGAGGAUUCAAAUCUUGUCUUUGACUUUGAAGGUAGUGAAGUUAUUGCUUUGUUAUCCUUUGAGAUGUAUGUGACAACUUGUUAGAAUAGAAUUUAAGAAUUUGUGCAUUUUUUUUCUCACAAUGUCAGAAAAGAUUUCUCAGUGCAGUGCCAAAUAGUUUUUGUUUUGUUUAAGUCAGCUCAUUAACUUUUUUUCUAAGUCAUAUACUCAUUUCAAGUAUCAAACAUGCUGUUUAUACUGCUUACAAUACACCAUAUAGUACAGUAGUGUUGAUAGGUGAGUUUCCACUGAUAUAUUGCAUUAAUUUACAAGUUAAGAAUUUUAUUUUCUUAAUAUAAUUUUAAAAUCUGUGACAUGACUUUUAAGUAGCAUUUUUUGGUCAUUUUUGAUACAUUGAAGGUAAUAAGUUGUUGUUAUAAAAUGUUUUGCAUUCGCAUCAUGCAUAUGUAUGAAAAAAUUAAAUCAAAUAUGUAUAUGAAAUGUAUAUAUUGUGGUGGUAGAGCUUGAAUUUCAAAAAUAAAUGC